AUGGCGGACUCGAACCUCUCAACGCGGCCGUUUACGGGUCAAUCUUCUAGUAGGCGUCCAUAUACUGGUGGAAGUAGACCAUGGACUGGUCGGUCGUCCGCAACGCGCCCGUAUACCUCGGGGUCAAGACCCGCGACGGCGCGUCCCACGACCGCGACCUCGACGCGACACGAGGCAAGUUACAUCAUUGCCGUACUCGAAGGCCGCGGAGUGGCGCGCGAGGUUGGGAUGGCGUGCUUGGAGAAAGAUACGGGGAGGGUCGCGCUGGUACAGCUCGGAGAUUGUCAAACAUACGUCAAGACGCUGCACCAGAUGCACAUUAACCCGCCAUCUCUCAUUCUUGUACCUGAUACCUUUCUUGCCGUGUCCGAUACGAUCACCACCAGCUCGGGCAGGAAGCCUUUGGCCACGUCCGUGCUGGUAGAGUGCAUCCAGGACGAGUUUCCUGGCGUUCCUCUUGAUCCCGUUCUCCGAAAGUUCUGGAAUGAUGCUGCUGGCAUGGAGUUCAUCAGCCAACUCUGCGUACAAGAUGAGGAGUGGGCCGGGACCAUCAUCGCAGCCAAUAACAAAUACUAUGCUCUCUGCGCCGCUUCGGCCCUGUUCAAGUACGCUGAACUCAAGCUCAACACGUCCUUCGCCAACAACUCGCUCCGCAUCAAGUUCGCUGCCGUGGACGGCACAAUGAUGAUCGACCCGGAUACGGCUCGUAACCUGGAGCUUGUCGGAAACAUGACCUACAAGAAGUCGACGCAUUCGCUCUUCGGGGUGACGAACCAUACCUACACUGCCAUGGCCGGACGGCUGCUUCGCGCUUCUCUCAUAGCGCCCAUCACUGUUCAAUCUGCUCUUGACGCGCGCUUAGACGUCGUUGAAGAGCUUGUUCAGUCCGAAGACCGAUACGCGUCUGUGAAGAACGCUCUCCGUCAUCUUGAUAAGAUGGACUUUGACAAGCUCAUCGCAUCUUUGGCAGCCAGUGAGACGCGCGAGACGAGUACCGCUCGCACGGCCGCCCGACGUAUCUCCGACAUGUUGAACCUUCGGAAUGUCGUGAAGAGCCUCCCAUCAUUACACAGUGCGCUGGAAGGCUCGCGCAGUCAGUUGCUGCAGAUCAUAGGCCAGAUGCUCUCCGACGAGCGGCUCGCUCGCAUUGAAGGUCUCGUGCGCAGAAGUCUCAACGAGGAGGCUAUGCCUUCCAAGGGUGGGCUUGCGGGUGUCAAUGCUCGUGUAUACGCCGUCAAGGCGAAUUGCAAUCCUCUCCUCGAUGUCGCCCGCGAAACGUAUAAGGAGAACGUCGGAGACAUUCAGGCUCUGCAUCGCGCGUUAUGCGAGGCACAUGACCUACCUAUGCUCUUGGUCUACCAAGAGAGCGGUUUCGUCUUCGCGGUCAAAAAGGCCGAUCUGGAAGCGCAUGAGGGUCGGCUUCCUCAGGGCUUCACUAACGUGUCUAUGCAGAAGGGGCGGUGGCUCUUCACUAGCAUCGAGCUGAAGAAGCGCAACGCGCGGAUGAAGGACGCUCUCGAUGAGGCUCUGCUUCUCAGUUACGCGACUGUGCAAGGGCUUGUCUCCGAGAUCCUCGAAGAUGUUGGCGCGCUAUACAAAGCAUCCGAAGCUGUUGCCCUCGUUGAUAUGCUCUGGUCAUUCGCACACGUUUCGAUUCAACGCAACUAUGUACGCCCCGAGUUCACUGGCACUCUCGCAAUCAAGUCUGGCAGGCAUCCGAUACUUGAAUCGGUCCAGCACAGCGGCAACUUGGUCGCUAACGACGUUUACUGCUCCGACUCCUCAUCCUUCCAGAUCAUCCAAGGGCCGAAUAUGUCUGGGAAGAGCACGUACCUCCGCCAGGUGGGUCUUCUGACCGUUAUGGCGAUGAGCGGCUGCUUCGUACCGGCAGAGUACGCCAGCUUCAGGAUACACGACGCUCUUCUGACACGGCUCUCCAAUGACGAUGACAUUGAGAAGAGUCUUAGCACGUUUGCGAACGAGAUGGCUUCAUCGGCCAUGAUUCUUGGGCUUGCGACGCCGCGUUCUUUGGUACUUGUGGAUGAGCUGGGGCGCGGGACUUCACCGACCGAAGGCGUCGGGAUAUCCCAUGCGAUUGCCGAGGAGAUGAUCCAGACUGGCUGCUUUGUGUUCUUCGCUACCCAUUUCCACGAGCUAUCGACUACGCUCUCACGACAGCCGACUGUCGUCAACUUGCAUCUCUCUGUCCAAUCAACUCGGCCUACCGCCUCAAACAUCGGCAUCACGUUCCGAUACAAAAUCGUCGACGGAGUUCCGGAUGACUUUGGUCAUUAUGGACUGGAGCUCGCGCGCUUAGCCGACCUACCACGCGAUGUACUUGCGGAAGGGAGGCGCGUCUCUUACCGCUUGACCGAACUAGACGAGAUGCAGAACCAAGAUAGCGAAGCUAGCAAGGUCGCCAUUCGGCGACGGGCGUUGCUGAAGCUGCGCGACCAGCUCAAUCAAGUACACGACCAUUCAGCUCUCCCGCCACAGGAGCUCAUUACAUAUCUCACACGUGUGCAGCAAACCGUCGUGCAGACGCUUAGCGAGAAUUUGUAG